AUGAUAGGUGACAGGAAGGAUGAGGUCCAGAUUACUCUAGAACUCCAUUUCUGAAAAUUGUAAAACUGUGUAUCUGGAAAUUCAGGUGCCAUUCUUUGCUGCAGAGAAAAUGGCAAGCGCUGCAGUUCUUAGACAUCAACCAGCAGUGCAUUCUUCUAACUUCAUCAUCAAAGCCAAUACCACACGCAGAAUCUCAUCGUCACUAAGAUUAGUAGUCAGGGCAGCAGCUGGGAAUACAGAGAAAAUGGCAGCUGAAAAAAUGGGGAUUAAGAUUGAGAAGAAUCCUGAUGAAUCCAAACUCACCAGCCUUGGUGUCAGGACUUGGCCCAAGUGGGGAUGUCCUCCAAGCAAAUUCCCAUGGACAUAUGAUUCAAAGGAAACAUGUUUUCUCUUGAAAGGCAAAGUAAAAGUGAUUCCUGAUGGUGAGAGUGACUUUGUGGAGUUUGGUGCUGGUGACUUAGUGGAAUUCCCAAAAGGAAUGAAGUGUACAUGGGAUGUUACAGAAACCGUAGACAAGCACUACAAAUUUGAAUAAAAAAAUCUUUCCUUUCUUCCUCAUUAUUUCUUCUCUUCCGGUAUGAUGUACGUGCACAUAUAAUGUUGAGAACAGUCUACUCUAAUUUGUGGUUAAUACAAAUAAAGCUUGGGCAAUCUUUCUUUUACGUUA